AUGAGAUUUCCCAAAAUCCACAAUCCUCUGUUUAUCGCCGUUGUGGCUACGCUUGGUGGCAUGCUCUUCGGGUUUGACAUCUCGUCCAUGUCAGCCAUCAUCCUUACAGACCAGUACAGAGAUUUCUUCAACAAUCCUGGUGGAGCUGUCCAAACGUUGGCGGAUAUCCAAGCUGGAGGUAACGUAGAUGACCCCAUUGUCGUUGCUGAAUGGCAAGAGAUCACGACUACGCUAGCUGCCGAACGCUCUGCACUUCCUGGCUGGCGAAAGUUUGUAUACAACGGUAUGUGGAAGCGUACGAUCGCAGGCUUCAGCGUUCAAAUGUGGCAGCAGAACUCCGGAGCAAAUGUCAUGACUUAUUACGUUGUGUACAUCUUUGGCAUGCCUGGUCUGUCCAAGAAUGUCAACCUGAUUUCUAGUGGUGUGCAAUACGCGCUUUUCAUCAUAGGGACCACCAUCAUGUUCUUCUAUGUCGACAAGGUCGGCAGAAGACCCCUGUUGAUCUACGGCGCUAUCGCCAUGGGUGUAUGUCAUUUCAUCGUUGGAGGUGUGCUCAGCACUGGCGCCUAUGUGCCUGAUGGCGUUGAUGGCAACCCGAACAUAAAGAUCUUGGUAGGAGGGUCGGCUGGACACACGGUCAUCGCCUUUUGCUACCUACUGAUAUUGUUCUAUUCCAUGUCUCUCGCGCCGGUCUGUUGGAUCUACGCAGCCGAGGUGUGGUCGUUGGAGACUAGAGCGACUGGUAUGGGCAUCGCUGCCAUUGGAAACUGGCUCUUCAACUUCGCCUUGGGCAUAAAUAUCUGGUAA